UCUAAGCGUUAGCCGUGAGCUAGCUUACACUAACCACUUAGCCAGCGCUAGUCCGUUAACAGUCCACCGCUAUCUCCCUCUGAGAAUACGAACAUGAAGGUGAACGCUUUGCAUUAAUGGACGAUGGAAAUGUUUCAAAAAUGCAUUUGAGGGGAAGCUGGAUACACAAGGUGGAUAGUAGCGUACGAUACUAGCUUCACCGGGGCGUUAUUAAUGAGCCAUUAGCUAAACCAUUAGCUAAUAACAAACAUCUGAGUAGCUGUUAUGCUAACACCGAGCAUCAAAAACAACGUAACGAGCUCUUCAUCCACUGCACAGCAGGAGAACACCAUGGACCUCCACAAGAUCAUCCACAGCGCCAUGCACGAAUUCAUUCAGACUUACAUCCCCGAUGCAGAUCUCAGCACCCUGGAUGAUGUUCUGUUGUCAUACAUCACUGGAGUCCUGGAGGAUCUCGGUUCCCAGCAGAGCGUGGAGGAGAACUUUGACGUGGAGGUCUUUGCAGAGAUGUUAGAAGCUUACAUACCUGGUUUUGCUGAAAUUGACAGUGUAAAAGUCUGUGAAAUGAUGUUCAACCUGGCUUCAAAACUAGCCUCUGCUCGGACCUCAGCUGAUGAAGACAACGGUGUGCCUAAACCAAGGACAGAUGAUAUUUCAUUGAAACUCAUUACCCUGCCCAAUGAACCUCCACCAGGUAGAGAGGCACAGUGCAGAGAAGCACCAACAGAGGGCGCCACUGCCAAGGGACCAGUGUCUGAAUGGGAGGCUCAGGAGCAACACCUGCUGGAGAUGUUUCCCAAGUGUAGUCUGUCCGAGGCUCGUAGUGCCCUGUCCAUCGCCAAAGGAGACAUGGAGGAAGCUGUGCGUCUUAUCAUAGAGGAGGAUGUCCAACUCAGCCCCACUCCUCUUAAUGUAAAUCAUGGGAAAAGUAUUUCUUCACUGGCGGACCAUAAACUUAAAGAGAGCAUCCUUGAGAAGUACAUGCAUGUGGACAGAGAGGAUGACAAAAAAACUCACCGGCCUGUUGCCCCCAAAGAUGCUCCAAAGAAGCUAGUGCGCUACCACGGUAACCAGGUGGUCACCACAAAAGGCGAGAGGUAUCAGCUUGUGAAGACAAACGAGACAGAGGACAUGAAGAAGACAUAUGUCAACCUCAAGCCUGCACGGAAAUACAGAUUCCAUUAAUGAGCACAGCAGCGUAAGAGCAGCUACUGACAAUAUUGUUUACACUGUUUUUCAUUUAAGUCCAUUUAGCCUGAGUUGGUUUGAGUUUUCUUCCAAGUUACGGAACAUGUUUGUGAGUUGGUGUCAGUGGCUUAUUUUAAAAGAGUUACCAUUAUACGCCUUGGUUACAUCAUGACAUUAAUGUUUUUGUUCUAUCCCGGUUUAUUUGGUUGAGAAACAUUUGAAAUGUGGGAUAUUUUGGUGGGGAUGUUGUAAUUUAUAUUCUAGUUUCUGUAACAGCCUAAUCUAUCUACAUUUCGCCAUCUCAGCAGGUCUGAUGUUGCACUGACGUUAUUGUCCUUCUUUUCCAACACAUAACUCUUCAUUUGUAUUCUUGUUUUUUAUUUCUUUGAUAUUGUAUUUUAACUUAGUACAAUCUAGAUUCAUAACUCAAAUAAAUCUGUUUUCCUUUUUGUAAAUACGCUCUAGUGAUACUGUAAAAUUUAAGAGUUAGUUACGAGUCACAGCUGUUUUUUAUGUACAUAUUAAAUCAUUGAUGCCAACUUUA